GCACCAUGGCUCCUCUCAUGCUGUUGCUGCAGCUGCUGCUCCUGGUUUCUAAUGCGUCUGCAUACUAUUAUUACAGGUAUUACGGGGGAUCAGUGACCUUCUCUCCAAAACGCCAGUAUUCAAAUGGGACAUACGAGGUGGAGCUGCGCACCAAGCAGGCCCAUUACCACUGCUACCACAACACACCGGUCUGCUCCAGCGGCGACUGCGGCACCGUGACCCACACAAGCUCUGCAAGCAUCAGCUACAACUACUGCAGCUACUACUGGUGCCAGAACGAGGCAGUGACCACCAGGAAACUCUCCAGCAACCGGCCCUUUGAGAUCAGAUAUCCUAUGUACUUUAAUUAUUACUAUGCUGGAUACUGGAUAUCAAACACCGGAGGCUCAUAUGUUGUUUGGACGAUGACAGCACAUGUGGACCUGGGAACCCGAUCUGAUACCGGUGAAUCAAACAGAUCUCCCGUCACAGCCAUGCCAGGGCUGAUCCGAGUAUCACGUCACUGUCCACGAACAUUCAAUCUGCCAGUUUUUGACCCUGAUGCUGACCGGGUCAGAUGCAGGUAUGCAGCUCCAACUCCAUAUGAAUGCAGCCUGUGCUACCAGCCUGCAGGCUUCUCUUUGGAUCAGGAAGGCUGA